AUGGGUACAUGCAGUGAAAAAGCAAAGAUCAAUCUUGCGAAUAUAUGGAAAUGGAAUACAUCUGUAGAUGAAAAAGAAGCACUGCUGGCUGUGGGAACAAAACCCGAAGAUGAUAUGGAUUCAAUUGCUCAAUCUAUUUGUGAUGAUGACUGCAAAUGCACCUUAAUCAAUAUGUUUAUAUUUAGUCGUGAUCUAAGCAUUUCCACAACACCAUAG